CUCGGCGCCGUCGGCUCGGACGAGCUCGAUGUCACGUCGCUUCUCAAAGCGCUUCAAAAAGCACUGCUCUUUGAGCGCGAAGUCGUCCAGCGCUACGAGGGCGAGGCUGACGAGAGCCGCCAUGAGCUCAAUGAGAAGGGCCAGCUCAUCGACCCGGCGUCCGCCGAGGGCAUCAAGCGCCGGCUGUUGCGGCAGAAGCGCGUCGCCGAGCAAAAGGCAAUCCGUGCCGAGCUUCAAAAAAAGGCGACGAACGAAGAGCACAUGGGCGUGGACCACGAGCAAGAGGAGACGAUUCCGUCGCUCCAAGGCGUGCUCUCGCGCACCUUUGAUCCGUACAUGACGGCGUACGUUGCGCUCGAGCGGAAAAACAUGGAAGCGAUGCUCCACGAGGUCAUGGGGUCGGAGCUCGUCGACCGCAACGGCGCAUUGCCCGUCUUUUCGUCGUCGGUCAACAUGUUUGCGUACAUUCGCAACAGCGUCAAGCGCUGUACGGCGCUCACAAACGGCCAAACGUUCUUUGAUUUGCAUCUCGAGUUCAAGCACUGCGUCUCGCUGUACGCGCAGCGCCUGCUCGCCAAGUUGCCGGCGUUCGCAGUCAGCGACACGGCGUCGGCGACCGCGGCCCGGUGGCGUCUCGCCGAAAAGCAAGAGGAAGAGCUGUGCUUUGUCAUCAACACGGCCGAGUACUGCGCGGAAACCCUCCCGUCGCUCGAAGACGUGAUCCGCGCCAAGAUUGACCCGGCGUACACGGACGCGAUCGAGCUCGCCAAGGAGACGGACACGUGCCACGACGUGGCGACCGCGGCCAUGAAGUGCAUCGUUCUCGGCCUCGACAACCUCCUCGACGACGAGUGGAGCAACAUGCAGCGCGUGAAUUGGGGCUCGUUUGAAAACGUCGGCGACGAGAGCGCGUACGUCAUGGCGAUCGCGGAUAAGCUCCGGCCGUUUGUCCCGACACUCCACAGCAUGCUCUCGGGCUUGUAUUUUACCAACUUUUGCGACAAGCUCGCGGCGGCGGUCGUGCCCAAGGUGCUUGGCAGCAUCCUCAAGUGCAAGCGGGUGAGCGCUGUCGCGACGCAACAACUCUUGCUCGAUGUGCAUGCGCUCAAGAUGCUUUUUUUGAACCUCCCGGCCAUGGGCCGCGAAGGCGAAGUCGGCGGCGUUCCCGUGCCCGCGCGCUACGCCAAGUUUGUCAACGCGGAAAUGGCGCACGUCGAGGCGGUGCUCAAGCUCAUUGGGACGCCGACCGAGAUGCUCGUCGAGAGCUUCAAGAUCAUGUGGCCCGAUGGCAACGCGGCCGACUUUCAGGCCAUCUUGAACAUGAAGGGGCUCAAGAAGGCCGACCAAUUGGUGCUCUUGGAGCAGCUCGGACUCCAGGCCGCGGUCCCCAAGCAACGCAGCAUGGCAGGUGUCGAAGAGAAAGUGACCGACAUGACGGAAAGCUUGAAGACCAACAUGCAGAAGAUGGCGAAAGCGACCAACCCUUUCAACUACAUGGGCUCGGCCGCGACACAGUAGCAAUCCCUCUAAACGUAGCUAAACGAUGUUGUCCAUCUUCAUUGGAUAGUCGUACAGUACAGUACAUACAGUUCCUACUGGC